AUGGCCCAAGAUGCCAGCAAUAUCAGCAGUGCAAUCGACAACGACUUCCCUGAAUAUGGACCCAAGUGGUCGAGCAUCUUCGAGGACCCCGGAUUGCUCCUCAACAUCGCGAAGAAAGACAUCGAGAACCUGCUCAAUCAUGUGUCGGAUAAGAAAGACAGAGGCACUCCAGAAUACGGACAAAAUUGGUCGACCAUCCUGGAGAACCCUGGCUUCCAUCUCAGCAUGGCCAACCUCUUCAGCCCCGACCCUAACCACCCUUGGGUUCAGGGACUAAGAUGGCCUAUCGUCUUUGAGGACCCCGUCUUCCAUCUCAAUAUCGCAGCCAAUGGCGUCGGCCACUUCUUUGGUGCUUCGAAGGAACAAUACAGGGCGUGGCUACACGAGUGUUGCCAAUGCAGCCUUGGAUACCACCCAGGUAGUACAACAGCUACUGCGCAGUCUGCACAGGGUGGAGCUGUAGUCACUGGGUCUCCAUUUGCCGUCUAA